CUAAAUAAGGCGUAUGGAAGUUGGCUUUAUCUAGCCAGUGCAUAUUUGUUCUGCUAAAAUUGGAAUAAUAUAUUUUUUUUAAUAGUGAGUUACUCUAAAUAGCUUGAUCUGGACUUCAUUUUUUUUUUUUUAUAUAAGGUAUGGAGUUUCCACGGGUAUGCGUACAUCCGGGGCCAGAAGUGUACGAUGUGUUAACACUCCAGGAGAAGCAUCGAUCAGAGGCUGUGUGGGAUGGUUCCUUGACAGGACCGACCGCAUGCCUGUCUCCUCGGCGCGCGGAUACUGAAUUUUGGAAGCAUGUGAGGCGUCAUCCUUUUCAUCCUCGCAUCCUUGACUACUUUGGCCUGUGUGGAUUUAGGGGAGUAAUAGAGGUAGGAUGUGUAUCAUAUGAUUGGGCAGUCAUCACUGCACUUAUAGAAAGAUGGCGUCCUGAGACGCACACCUUUCAUCUGCGUACAGGUGAGGCGACCAUCACAUUACAAGAUAUCGAGGUCAUGUUUGGCUUGGUUGUUGAUGGUUAUCCUUGAAUAAUCUUAAUGCUAGAUAUAUAGAUAUUGGUGGGUGGCAACAAUUGAUCCAUGAGCUUACUUGGUUGGGCACCGGUCUGGAUUGUUUUAAUGGUGUUAGUAGGUUAGAAGUACAUAAAUUAAUUGAAUAUAUUAGAGGCUUAGAUGACAUUACAGAUCAGACCCCAGAAAUUGAUGUGCAACAGCGGGUUAGGUUAUACUUGCUAUGGCUUUGUGGCGGCACGAUAUUUCCGGAUAAGUCCGGUGACUUACUUAAUUUAGAUUAUUUGCUUGACAUGCGUGACCUUAGAGCAAUGAGUGGACAAGCUUGGGGAGCCGCACUGUCAUAUUUAUAUACUUGUUUAUGCCGCGCUUCGUUGAGGAAAGCCAAAGAUGUGUGUGGAUUCAUUUCCUUAUUGCAGGUUUGGGCUUGGGAGCGCAUUAUACCGAUGCAGCCACCAUCCAGGGCCCUUCCGCCACACACGGCUCUUGCACGAAGGUGGACUCAUCGUAAAUCCCACGAAAAUGAGGCACGUGAUGUUUUACCCAUAUGUAGGGAUGUAUUGGAUAACCUAAUAGAUGGCCAGUUUGUGUGGCGACCUUAUUCAGAGGCCAUCAUCAAUAGACUCCCUGAGUGGUGUCUGCGUGGCCGAGAUAUUUGGAUGGCGAAGGUUCCCCUUAUUUGUGGUAUCUAUCGAGAGUGGCACAUGGUAGACCGCGUUCUCAGACAGUUUGGUAGGAAGCAACAUAUUCCGGGUCCAUGUGCUGAGAUUGAUCCUUUUCAUUACAAACGUGACAAGCGGUAUGCUAUAAAAGCGGCGGAUCAACAAUAUUUUACAGAAACAGACUUUUUGUGGGGAAAUCGUCGAGAAAGUUUAAUUCGGCCGAGCAGGCAUGAGGCACUGGCUUUAGGACAUCAACAAUCGUACAAGUUUGGCUCAAAACUUAUCCAAGAUCCAACCAAGUCCGAUGAAGUGAAGGAAAUAGUAGAGAUGUUUAGCCACAUUAAUACAGAGGCCAUGGCUGCUGCCUCUCUGGGGACGAUGUUGAGUUUCGCUCCAUAUUAUACACCACCGGCAGAGUAUGAUGAGCCGCCUACUGUGCAAGUGCAACGUCCUAAUGUACCAAGACCGCGGCGCGUGGUAGAGGACGCCAAACAGUGUAGACGGGGUCGAGUUCCCGUGGAUCACCGCUGGUUGAUGAGGAAGAGGUUCGUUUGA